CCAAGGAAGUCGUGACAUGAAUGAACCAUCAAUCGCACCUCUGAAUCUCAUAUUUCCUCUGCUUUUGCUAGUCAGUCCCAUUUUCGACCACGAGUCCACGACGGCGGCGGGCUCACCACGACCACAAACAGACGCGCUUGGCAAAUUUUGAAAUCCAAUUUUGUCAGAUGGAAGUCUUUAAUCUGUUAGCGCCCACUCUCAGCGGCACCAAGGAUGAAUAUGGCAAAGAUUUUGUCCCGCCGCUCCCACUGUCAGUUGAUCGCGUCAUGGAGAACCGGCCUUUCAAGUCCCCGGCUCCUUUACUUCAACUUGCCCCUGAAAUCUUGGGCAUCAUUUUGUCUCACAUAGAUUCUGACUCGUUAAGCAGCCUUGCUCUGGUGAAUAGCGACUGUCGUCAACUCGCACGCUCUCGCCAAUUUGCUAGUGUUUGCUUCGACUAUAGUGACGCAAGCUUGGAUCUUAUAUCUCUGCUGCUGGAUGAGAAAGCUUCACGAAAUUCAACGAACAACAACUUGGGCAGCAAAUUUGGCGCUAUUGAGCCCUGCGUCCGACGACUUACUGUUGCUGCACAUCCAGGAUGGGUUCAAUACCGCCACCAUAUUGAUCUUUCAGAGUUCGCGGAACUCGACGAAAGUGUCCAACAAGAGCGACUAGCUAAAGCAUCCGACGCUUUCUCGCUAUACAAGAGGGAUAUUGAAUCUAUCUUGUCAAGCCGUGCAGCAUUGCUCCAUCUCGAGUUACUUGAUUGGGAGGACAAAGUUCCUUUGGUGCAAUCUUUCUUCAACAGCUUGACAACAUCAAGUAUACAACAUCUGAAGCUCUAUCGAGUGUCCGUCGAUGAAGAUUUUGAGGUCAUCCAGCCAUCGGUCUCUAAUAGGUGGGACUUGCGAUCUCUGAAUAUGGAAAUUCUUCCGAAGAUGAGGCAUAUGCGCGACCAGAGGUCGACAUCACGGCUCUGCGCAAGCCUCCUUCAAAGUUGCUCGCACAGCCUUGAGACUUUGGUAUGGGGCACGUGUCGCGGUGGAACAUACACCUUUGGAUCUAAUCCGGCCGAUUUUCCACGAUUAGCGAAGGUUCGAAAUUUAGGGCUCAGUUGUAUCAAGUUCAGUGACAUUGGGACUGUGAACGCACUUUUGGAGUCAUCUCUCUCGGUCCUAGACUUGGAAUAUAAUUAUGACCCGGUGAUUGUAGAGGCAUUGCGAAAGCAUGGUCGGAUACGCUCUCUCGAAACGCUAUUGUUUUCUAUUUCAAAUUUGUUGGGAGGCACAACCGACAACUACAUCGAGUUCUUGAAGGAAAACACACAAAUCUCGAAGCUUACCAUUCUGGGAUCGUUACACUGCAAGGAAGGAGAACCAGGCGGAGACAUUCCAGAGACUGUAAUUCUGCCCAUCCUCUCAUCAUCCUUCCACGCACUGACCUCACUCCGCCUUGGCUGGAAUGAAAACGUUACUAGCGUCCCCGAUGCCGCACUUGUAUUGAUUUCCAAAAUGGAAACUCUUGAGCAAGUGUGUCUCACUGUUGGGUGCCAGUUUGGCUGGAAGUACGAUUGGCUUGUUGACCAUGAGUCGAUCCGAAACCAUCUGUCCAGCUUGCCGAGGCUAAAAAAGAUUGCAUUUACCAGAGAUUCAUACCAAAGUAUUAACAGCCUAGGCGAAAUCGAACACGGACUUUACUAUUCUGAUCGAACUCUUCCCAUCGCACAACUGGAUGCUGCUGGAGUUGAUUGGAGAUAUGGGGAUCUCCGACAGCAAAUCGAACAAUUUUGGGAAGAUGAGCACAAAAAGCGUAUGAUUCUUGAAGCAGGAAAGUACGCAGCCGUGAUCCCGAGGCUGGAGUGGAUAUAUAUCGGCUAGUACCCAAUGGCUGUCACAAAAGGCGCAUCUGAACGAGAAAGAUACGUUGCACCAUUAUUUCAUGAGAGGGACGAUUGUAUCACGUUAUUGAAGCGCAUGUUUGGUUGGGAGGGAUUGGGUUCUGAGUAAGUUGUAAGAAGCUCAAGGAGUCCGGCCACAGUAGACAUGGUUAAAGCGUUAC